GUUCCUCUUUCGUUUUAGGCACAGACAGACCGACAUUUUUGUCAUCAUUUGUAGUGACUUUCAAGAAGCACUGUCUUUACUCGUUUAUCGGAAUUUGUGGUACAUGGAUGCACAGGUUUGCUUUUUGAAAGUUUUAUUUAAAAUCUGGAUUGAUCACUUCUUUCAGAUCAGCACUAAGAUCAGUUCGGAUGCACGUUCGAAACCGGGUUAAUAACCUUUUCGAUGCUAGCAGAGUCACUUUGGUCUUGCGACUUAUCUAGGAAGAUCGAAGGAGACUCUGUUCGCAGGGUAAUUGAUCAGAUCCUCGGCUCUUACCUUCUCGCUGGCAUGGGUUUAGCGUUUACGAAGUCGUUCGCGUGACUUGUCUGUCGCAAAGUUGGUUUAUUUACAUUUCUCCUGGGGCGUAAACAAAGUAAGUACACGAUAGACAAGCUACGCGAACGACUUCCUUAACAAAACCAGAAAAGUCGUGCAAGAGAGAAAGCUCUGCGCGCAUGGUAUCGGUGCUUAGCUCUUCCUAGCUCGUGCAGAUAGAGAAAACAGUUUCAUUCUGAAAUUGUCAAAGAACAUCUGUGUUAGAGGCUACAAUCAAGGACACUCAACUUGGGUCACACUGCUCUGAUACCUGUCUUUCUCUCUUCCAAUGUUGUUUUAUAAUGGUUUUUUCGGUGGAAUUGGCCAAGUUCGAGGCCAACAUUGAAAGGGACAGGGAAAAGGAGGUCGAGGACAACAUGUCAAUGUUAUUCCUUUAAUUGACCCAAGUUCUAAUGUCACAGAUUGUAGCCUUAGUGUGGUUAUAAAACUUAAGUUAUUUAUUUUCAUCUUUUUUAUCAUGUUCUGAAAUGGUGCCAUUUUUGUUUACUUUGCCAGAAUAAAACGAAACUUGCUGAACUGGAUUGGAUUUUGGUUUUCCUAAAGCACUGAGACGCCCUUGUAAGCUACUGUUUAUGGUACUGUCUGUAUUAUCAUAAUUAUGUAUAAAUGACUGUAGCAAAUUAAUGAGAGGACAUCAUUGUAUGUUGUGGUUCAAUUCAGUUUUAUCCUUAAUUAAUUUUUUUUCCUACUAGUUUUGAGUAUGAUAAUGUUUGAAUAAGUCAUGAGUAUGAAACAAAGCAAAUUAGAAAAUAAUACCACCACAAGUACAUAAGACUGUGCUCUAAAAAAACUGAAAGAAGCCCAGUACUCUGAACUUGUGAAAACCAGGGUGCCCAACAUAUCAUUUCUAUGAAAAAAAUAAGAUUUCUGCAGUCACCUAGCCUGCAUUGAAGCUGGCCAACACAGUCAUCAUCUAGACCAUUGGUAUAUUCCGUUUGUGAAUUAGUGCACAAAAGCUUGUUCUGAUAUCCAGCAGAGUCACAAGGAUAUACUUGAUCAUUUCUGAUUGGCGGUACAUGUCUCAUGAUUGGUCCAAUUCUUAUAUGUGUGUGAUGGUUGGGCUCAGGUUAGACAUGUCAAAAUUCACAGAAGGAGGUUGGCAAACAGUAAACAGUAGAAGAGAAGUUCAAACUGGAAAGCCUUCUUCCUGAAUCGAAAAAUACAUGUAGUUUGAGCGAAUUCCUUCAAGGCCAGAAUGUGUUUGUAAAUUUGUGAACUGGUUGGACUUGCCACAAGUCGACUGCAUGAGUGAGCACCGAAGCGCGAUAAAACGCUCACAAAACGAGCAAAAGUGAGGGACGAAGUCAUGAGUGAACUUGUUCCGUGUGCAGAAGAUUGAGUUCUUUUUGUAUAAUGUUGGUGAGAAAAAAAUUGUUCAUGACAUCAGUUUGAUAGGUUGUUUGACACCGCACUGAAAUAAACAGUUGUCGGUGACUGAAUGGUGUAAAAAUAGAGGUGACCUGACCUCAAAAAAAAUUGUUUUCCAGGUCUGUAUCUCUCCAAAAUUGAAAGAAGCAACUCUUGUCUAAUAUGUGUAGAAAGUCUUUGAAAUUUCGAGUUUGCUUAAGUCACCAGCUCGCAUGAACUUUGGAAAUCCUUGUUGGCGUAAAUCUGGAUAAAAAUGCUGAUCAACGGAAAUUAUUUGUGAAAGCUGUGCCAGAAGCACCCAAAACAUAGUGAACAAGGUCUUUGAAUAAGAGAGCAAUUUGCCUUGUGGAAAAAGGGGCUGGCAUUUACUGUACCACGGGCUCUCAGAGGUCCGUUCUAAAACUGAAAUAUGCCAAGGUUUAAUGUGGCUCCAUGGAGUUAGUCAAAAGGCCAACUAAAGACUCUAGUGAUCAAUUUCGCAGCAAACGAAAAGCCCUCAUAUCCAACAAAACCAGCAUCACUGCUCAACGGCUUUUCCCUUGGUGAAAUCAACGUAAAGUCCACCCAAACAUUAUCAUAUCUAUCAUGGCCAGAUUUUUCUGCUAUUUAUUUAAGCUUGUGUUUUCGAACAGUGCGAUGUGAAAUGUUAGGCUUUUCCCUGAGCCUUUUGGCGCAACCAUGAACCUUUUAACCGGCAAUCGUACAUGUAUGUACGAUCAGAUUUCCCUUGCUUUGGGGGAUCAGGGGAGCAGUAUAUUGGGGCCUUGGAUGAUUCAUUGGGGUUUACAUGAAGCCCAAAUAGUGUUUCUUCUAUCGACUGGCAUUUGGCAUUCAUUUCUGCCACUUUGAGCAAUUUUGUUGAGACAAAUUCCCUUGAAUGUUUCAUCUAUUUCAAUGAGCUGUAGAAACAAGGCUUUCUUUGUGACCAAAAAAAGGUUUACAACCAAACAAAAGCUGGGAAUCCGAAGCACCAUGGUUGGUAGGGAUAUUGAGACUGUUUAAUUGUUGCAUUGUAAUGGCUAGUUGCUACGAAGAAAGAAGAGAAGCAAUUUUUCUCCAGUAGUCACUUUCAAUUUUGAAAUUGAAAAAAUCACAAAAGAAAUUGGAUUAAAACAUGUCUAUUUACAGGCUACAAUCCUGGACAAAAGUCCUUGAGACAGUACUGCAAUAUUCAUAUUUUUCUGUCAUUUCUCAGUUCCCUCUUAAAACAGUGCAUCCUUUUCGAAAUUUUCUUGCAGUUCUCCCUCCCCCCACCCUAUACAAAGUUGAAACUAGGAAAAAAUUCUGGAUACACGCGUCCAACAUUGUUUGUGGGGUGAGGGGAGAGGUUGGACCUUAAGCUUACGAAUUGGAAAAUGCCCCAGAAAUGCAAAAGUGUCCCAAGACUUUUGUCCAUGAUUUUAGUUCAUUUGAUAGGCUGUUUAUUGCUGAACAUUUUGCUGCAUAGGUUAUGGAGGUUAGGAACUGAAACACUGAAGUUGGAGUCAAAAUACAAGCAUAAUCCCCGAAAUAAAAUUCUUGUCAGGAAAUUUACUGGUUAAAGGGUUAAGAAAUCUUGACCACUAGCGAACCCUUCUAUCUUUUGAUUACUGUAAGUUUCCCUUUUUUACCAGCAUCAGUCGCUUUGUGUACGUUCAUUUCUUAAGCUUCCUUCACUGUCUUCACUUCAAAGCCAAGUGCCUGCCGCGAAACUGGCCAGUCAAAUAUAGUGCACUGCGGGUGAGAAAAGUCCAUUUCCCCGACCAACGACCUAACCGCCAGAAACCGGGAACAAGCUUGGAAAAAGUCUACCUACUGGCUUCUGGCUUUCCAAUGUCUUCCGAUUACUACAGAUGCACUGCUGUGUAUUCUGCAUAUGUACUAAGAUAUUUCUAGCAUCAAAACAAAUCAGGAAAUCGUGAUGUUCAAAGACAAAAAAAACUAUGUUUGUACACACAUGCAGCUAUUCAGGUCCAAGAAUUUUGGAGAAAACCAAAGAAACUAAGGUUGUUUAGCCAUAAUAAAAGCCUAGGGCCCGUUUCAGAUGCUGUUCUUUGCGUGAGCUGAACUUCAUUCGAAUUAAGGCCGACCCAAAUUAUUUGGACAGGCUGAAUUGAUUCUGACCAGACGCCAUUCUUAAUUGCAGCUGAACUAAGUUCAAAAGGUGAAAAAUGCUCAUUUCGGUCAAACUUUAUACAAAAUACAUUAUAAUAAUUUAUGCAUUAGGUUGGGUACAUGAAAAGUUCAGUGUCUGAAUCAAAGCCGUUCCAAAGUCACUCCAAAGGCGAAAUUCCCGGCUGGGCUAGGCAAAAAGAAAAGCUGAGCUGUUCAAAAUUGAAAUAGGCGUUCCUAAUUGAUUCAGACGCUGAACUUUUCAUGUACUUAAUUCAAUGUAUUAGGUUUGGCUCGUGAAAAGAUCGGCGUCUGAACCGGGCCUAAGGCUUUAACAGAAGUAAAAGAAAACCAUUAGUAAACUGUAUUUGAGAUCAAAUCCUGUCAGAAAACAAGAAAAACCUCCUGUUGUUCAAGCUGACUCUAAGGUCAUGUUUCACACUGUCAUGCACGAUGAGUCAUGAGUGGCCUGUGAACACUUAUUUCAAGUUGGACUUAGUAUCACAAACUGCAUUAGAAACUACCCAAUCAAAAAUGCCUGCAUAUGUCCUUGCGACUCUGUGGGAUUCGAACACAAUAUUGUGCACUAUUUCACAGAUACUCUGUACAGGAGGUUCAGAGUGUCUACAACACAGGCCACAGUCACCUAAAAGGAGCAAAAGUAAUGUGCCAGGGGCCAGCGGGCACUUGGUAUAUAAAUGUUAAGUAGUAUCAUCAACAGAUCCACCUGCUAAUCCCAGGUAAAGACAAAUUUGGAGUUCCUUGUAAAACAACAUGGAGAUUCUACAUAAAGUAGUGAGGUUUUGUCCUCCUCCUCCUCCCUUCUUCUUCUUUUUCUCCUCCUAUGCUUGAUUCUUUAUAAUUUUUGCAAUUAAUUCAAUUUGUUUUAUUGUUCAACAUACAAAUUGUGUAAACUAAAAUUUUCAACUGUGAACUUUCCUUUGUGUCUUCCUCGCCCAAAGCCUAUAAACAAACUCUGCCUCCUGAUAAAACUAAAACUAUUUUAACCUUCCAGACAGAAAAUAGCAAAGCACCGUGCUUUAAAAAAUAGAUUGCAUAUUUUUUGAACCCCCCCACACCACCCCUGUAAGACUCAGAGAAACAUUUGCUUCUUUACAAGAACAAAGAUUUUCUUUCUGUAUGACAAAUGUACAUAGUACUAAGUAUUACUGAUGCGCGGAAAUGCAGUGUUUCUUCUCAAUAUAUUCUGUAGACAUUUUGUUAAUUAUUAAUUACCAUAAAUCCUCUAUUUAGCCUCCCAAGGGCUUAUUUCUUUCAAUCAGGUUUAGGGGGAAGGUAAAAGAAAGGAUGGGCUAAUUUAAUUUAGUGGUGAGACAGGGUGCCACACUGCUUGUCCAAACAAAGAGAAGAUGGCAUCAUUAUUCUUCAUAAAGAACAUACAGUUCACAAAAAGAAAAGAUCAUGCAGCUGAAGAACAACAGCAAAUUUGAACUUCCAGCACUUGAAUCAAACAUACUGGAUCAGUCUACAUGAAGUGUUACAGUCGUGAUGAAUUAAUACAGUCUAUCAUUUUUUACUUUGGUUGUGAAGAAUAAGGGGGAAGGGGAGAGGAGGGUGCUUUAAAGAAAGGGGGUCUUCACUAUAUGAUGGGGGGGGGGGUUAGUAGAGGAUUAACGGUAUCUAUAAAAAUAUUUAAGCUUAUUUGAAAGUAUUAAAUACUUUUGGUUUUGAAAAGCUAUGGCAAGACAUUGGUCACUAGUUGACAUGAGUAGAUUAAUGGUUGUUUUCCAUAAAAAAUACAUGUAUAUAGUUGACAGUAAUACCAGGAACAUAUACAUUAGUGCACGUCAUUGACCAGGGAAAGGGCCCUAUUAAGAAGAGUUCCUCAACAACCUACAUGUAUGAAACAAAUCUUACAAAAGGCUACUCAUUUUGUUGGAGUGAGUCUAGCACCAAAAGUAAAGGUCUUGGGAAAUAAAUAAAAAGAUGCUUUUUUUUUUCUUUUUUUUGAAUUUGUUUUUUGAUUUUUCUAUUCUUGCUUUCAUGGACUUUUACUGAGGGUUCAACAGAUUCAAAAAACUUAAGACCAAUUAAGUUUUGUAUAAUAUCAAGUGUAUCACUCGAUAUGGCUUCAUGACCCAGACAAAGAUUUUAAAACUCUAAAAAUGACUGUAAUUAUUGCAGUGGCCUGUGUACUUCAAUUAGCUGAUGUAACAAUCCUGAAAACUAAAGUCUGCACAAAGGCCAUAGAUGGUUUAUUGAUGCUUCUAUAAGAAAAACUAUUUUAGAACUAGUAUAUACCUCUCUCACUGGACAGUUCACUUUCCGUUAAACAAAUUUUAUCAAUUACAGAUUGUAAUUUCCAAUGAUUGUAAAUUUAUUCCAUUCAUACCCUUAUUAAUUGGACUGUUGAUUCUUGAUGUACAUGAAUGUGAAUAAAUUUCUCAAUUGGUAUUUAAAACAAUACCAAUCAAUCACCUGCCUUGCUCUUAAUUUAGCUUCAAGUAAGGGUUUUAUUAUAUAUUGUCUUUGAGUUCUAUUCAAAACAAUAUACAAAACAAUCAAAUACCUGGCUUGCAAUAAUUCAGUAGUUUAAAUAGUAAUUAAAGUUAAUUAAAACUAAGACUUGGUUACAAUUGUAUAUUAUUAUUGAUUUUUGUUCUAGAGUAAAACUUGACUGGCCUAAUUUGUUUAUGCUAUUUAACUGUAUGUCUUUGUGAUAAUAAAAAAUGAUUGUAUUAAAUUGAUAAUUAAUCUAAUAAUAAUAAUAAUAAGAAGAAGAAGAAGAAGAAGAAGAAUUGUAUUUAUCUUUGGAAUUGUACCUGAUCUAUUCUUCUACAUCUUGAACUUUCAUCAGUCAAUUGAUAUUGAACGUUUGUGCCAUGUAAUUAGCCGCUGCCCUCUGCAUCCCAUUGCAACCUCUUUUGUGUGCUAUCCAUUAAAUCUUCAUCAUACAUCAUGGAUUACAGGAUCUCAUAAAAUUACUUUUUAAAAGUACAGAACACCUAGUAAAUAAAUAUCAUUUUUGCCUGGUAGAUAAGAGAAAGGGACACAAACAAAAUGUUUUCCUGGGAAUUUGUCAGCUAUGAAAGGGGCUGCACUGAUUCUUUGUCCAGUGCAGAUUGUGCAAUUUGCAUUUGGCAUGACUUUGCUUGAUUGACAAGUGUGUUCUCCUUAUUUUUAUCCUCCUUUCUUUCCAUUGCAGAAGGAAAAGAGCUACUAACUUAGUCUUCAAUUUCUUUGUACAAUCUGCUCUCCCCUAACCCCCUGCCUAAGGAAGACCUUCUACUUGGGUUUUAGAGACAGCUAUGUUCUAAUAGACUGUAGAGGUGGAUAACAGAAAUUCAAUACACUGUAGGCACCUCCAGAGAGUGCACUGAAUAUCAUUUGAAAAGGCUUAGUUUAAAAGUGUCAUUUCAUAUUGUGUGUGAUGUACUUCUGUGGACUCUGGGGUGGCUCAUUAAAUUGCAAAAGAAAUGACCAAAUAACUAAUUCCUAUUGAAGUCAUGCAUUUGUUGGCAUCUUGGUCAAAACCUGCAACCACCCCUCCCUCCCCCCCCCCACUUCCCCUGGCCUCUUGAGAAAUUUUAAUUAAGUUAAUGCCUAAUUGUUCUCCCUGGCAUAAAGAAGCUGAAAUGUUCUUGUUUUCAAUUUAAUUGACUUUAAGUAUAUUUUUCAAUGCUUUUAAUUGUCUAGUUUUAGCUUCCUUUUGCAGCAGUAAAAACCUAGAUUGAAUACAGUAGGCAUUGUUUCUAUACCAGACAACACAUAGCCCGCGUGUCUAGCAUUUGAAAGGGAGAUAGAAAAUAGAGAUUGUGGGCGAGACAACCACAUGAAGGGCAUCCACACUCUUUACAUUUUCACGAAGCCAAUUUUCCCUUUUCCUUUUCUUUCAAAUGUUUGCCAUUGCACAGAUUAGCAGAAACAAUGCACAGAUUUUUGGCGAGUCCCUUUCACUGUUCACUGAGACAAAGCUCAUGUGCUGAGUCUACUCUCUUGCUGUCUCAGGGGGUUGCAUUACAUGUCAGUUUAUUUAGCCAAGGCUUCGCAAGAACUGAAAGUUCUAAUUAGCUUGUAUCUUUGCUUGUGUCUUUCCCCCCUGUUUUUUUUUUUGGCGGGGGGGAGGUGAAUUAACUCAGUCAAUCAUAAGGUGGACUACGAAUGUAAUUAAUCUUCCUUUAAACCAUUUUACUGUACUUGUUGAUUGGAUUUAAUCUUGAUGCAGAGCAAUGGAAUAUGCAUUAGAGUAAUCUCUAGUUACAGCAUGCGAUUCCAACUGUAACUGUAGUUCUUGUCACCGUCUUGUACUUUUAAGUUUAAAACGGUUAUUCCGUGUACGGUAUGAUAAUUUUUGUACAUUGCUUGUUUAACCAAGACGAUGUAAAAUGAUACUAUAUAAACCUUAGCCUGACUAAGUAAUGUUCUUAAACUCAUAAUUUUUUACUUCCACAUUCUUAGAAAAAGUUUGUUAUAAAAAUGGGUGUAUAGUGCCAGGCUAAAUUGUGUUAUACUUUUUCUUUUUAUGUCUCCAGUGCAAUUUAGCCGAAAACUGACAUGUCAGUAGCUUCAAAGAAGGCAUGUAGCUUUGAUUUAAAGGACAGCGAUGCUGGCCCACCACAGCUGGCUGUUGGUCUUCCAUCCAUAAAAGAUGUUACAACAACAUUGAAACAGCCAGAUCUACCCGUUGAUGUUCUACUGUUAACCGUUAAGGACUGUGAGUUCUUAUCCUGUUACAAUGAGCUAAAAGAUCCCUACAGAUAUUAUUACAGGGAUGUUGGUUACGUUUACUUCAACAACGUUCAAAUUCAUGAAGAGAAAGUAAAAGUUGCUCUGCUAAGAUGUAAUGAAGGUUCCAUUGGUCCAAGCAGCUCUCUGAUUACCGUCAAGGAUGCCGCCCUUAUUUUAAAACCCAAGGCCGUGAUAUCUGUUGGGGUAUGCAGUGGUCUCAAUCCUGACAAAACCAAGUUAGGGGACGUUGUUGUAUCAGCCAAACUAACAACAUAUGCAUCCAAAGUGGUGACAAGCGACCAAGAGCAGUCAGCUGGCAUGAGUAGUCACGUGAGCAGGCUUUUCUCAAAAAUAAUCUCGAACUGCGCUGAUGGAUGGCAGGCACCUUUAAAGAACCCAGAAGAUCGUCAGAUCAAAGUUCACUGCAGUGGCGAGUUCUUAAGUGGCCCAGAGCAGAUCAGAGCUCAAUGGCGUCGAAAGGAACUUGUCGACCGCCACCCCCUCGCGGCAGGAGUAGAGAUGGAGGGCGAAGGUGAGUGCAUGUCACGCUAGCUUUGAACAAUAGCGUUCUUAUACAGCUAUUUCAAUUAACUUUGUCGUAUAAAGGCUUCAAGCCCACACCUAGGCUGCGAGCAAGCUCUCCAUUUAGGGGAUAUCGUGAAAAGUAGACGCGUGAGAGGCACGCGAGAGAAAAGGGGCCGGCCCCUCGCGAAUCGCUUCGCUCGCCCAAAUAGGAGAGUUUGCUCGUACGUAGGCUAGCCUACGCCACAAGAACACAAGGUUAUGUUGGUAGCUUUAGAUCCUUCAGUUGUAAUUCGGUCAUAAAGGUUCGACUAACAGUACCAUAGAGUGCUUUAAAAUUACCUUCAUUGCUGGGAUUGAUUAAUAUUUCAGUUUAAAAUACCCUGGAGUCCAGUUUUGAGUUCGCUAUGUCCGCUGAGUAAAAGAAGUGAAGACGCAAUUUUUGCAAGGUUAGCCUCCACCAGAAGAAAUUAUGUUCACAAAUUCCAACGUGAAGAAGACCUGUUUAUUAUUCUGUUUAUUCGUGUUUACACUUACUUGCCUAAAUUUGUGAAUAUUUUACUUUAUGCCGAGGCCAACGCUGCUUGAAUGUGUCGUUAAUGUUUGUAAGUUAGCGGUAAUUGUUAAUUCGAAAAACGACUAUUAGCCGUUUUGCUUUGCAGUCUCAGCAGGUAGGCUUUUUGACACCUGUUGUGGGAUACAUGCAUAACUAAAAGAUUUUGAAAGAGUAUUGCAGGCGCCAUUUUCUUUUUAGAAUGAAGGGAGGAUGCGCGCGUACGACCGGAGAAAAGGCGUGAAGGCCGUCCUCUUCCCGGCCUUCGCGUGUUUUCACUCGCGCGCUCUAAAAAAAAACGGACCAAAAAAACUACCUGGCUCCUGCCACGUAGGCUAUUGAAUGAGCCACGAAAAUACUGAUUUAUUUUGAAUACCUGCAUCGUAAUUACCUUAAGUAUUAGCGGUUGGAGUUAUUGGAUAUUGGAUUUUUAGGUGUUUACAAUAACUGAUAUACACUUGGCGCCAUUUUCGCGCAACAAUUAUAGAGUAAAAUUAAUCAGGAGGCGCACAUGUAAUCGCUAAAAAAAGGGGAACAUUUGUCUCUGUCGUUUUAAGUCUGAUUUGGGAUAGUCUGGAGACGUUCGACACCAACAGCUUUCGAUCAAGAGUGCGGAGCUUUAUAGCUGCAAACUUGCAUAUACCUUAACGGAACUUCAAAGGAAUUUUCGCUUAUAACAAUAACGUAACUGAAUAAAACAUAUUCAUUGUAAGAAAGAUUGCAGUUAGCGAAUCAAAAGAAACGGCGUGAAAAUCAUAAUCUGGCGUACUUGGCUGUCGUCGGGGUCUUACAUCUCUUGAUUUGGCGUUUUCUUGUCUCUGGUUGGUUUACUUCCAGGUUGUAAUCAGAAAAACAUUUUUUGUGAAAGUUAGUAAAAUCGUCAAAAAUUAUUGGAAAGUAAAGAUGUACACAUGCGUUUAUAAAAAUUUACACAUGCGUUUAUACGCAAGGCAAUUAAUUUUUUAGUUUCUUUAAUUCGCAAGACUAUAUACUUCCUAACUGUAUUCCAUAUUUCAGGUGUUUUCACAGCUGCAUUUGAUUCUCAGCUCGAGUGGCUCAUUGUUAAAGGGAUAGCUGAUUUUGCGGAUGGUGAGCAAGCGACUGCAGAAAGUUGGGAAGCCUGUGCUAGUGUGAUGGCAGCAUCUCUUGUCUCACACAUUUUAAGUGAUCCUUGUGUUUUCCGCACGUGGCCUCAUUACUCAGGUAUAAAGUCUUGCCAGUUUGGUGUGUGAUGAUUAGGCGCAGGGGUAACAGGCCGAAUUUGCCGUCAUUAAAAGAACUCUUGAAUGUGUAUUGAGUGAAACAGUGCGGAAGCUCAGAUCCGAGAUCAGAAGCCUCGUCAAUAUUUUUCUUCCGUUUUGAUAUUCCAUCUUCAUUGCCAAGCGGCGUGAAACUAAGAGUUAGAAAGAUGCACUUGUGACGAUUGGGGUCGUUACCUCAGUUGAGAGUUAGACAAACUUUAAGAAAAUGUGCGUCGUUUCUGGUCAAAAAUUCAGAUUAUACAUUCUCUCCUUAGCUAUAAAUUGCGUAUCGACUAAGAGUAAGACAAAAAUCGCUAAUGAUGUCUUUGGCUGAUUCUUUUAGUGGAGGGUCUCUUUGAGGCUCACCACGAUAGUGCGAGGAAGCGGAAGCUAGCUGAGAACCAUGCAGGUAAUAUAUAAACAUUCAAUUUUUAAAAUGUUCUUCUUUCUUUAAAAAAGACCUAUUCCACUCUUUGCUUUACUUUGGUUUUACUGAGUCGCCCCACCAAUGCAAUCCAGGAAGUCUUUUGCUCGUGGAAUCCGGAAUUUUGGGCUUUGGAGUGUGGAAUUUAACUCUUGGAUUCCGGAACUCAUCCCCAGGAAUCCGUAAUCCCGCAGCAAUUGGAAUCCGUAAUCCAAGUUCAACUGACAAGGAAUCCGGAAUCCAGUAUGUGGAGUUCAGAAUCCACAGCGUGAAUCCAGAAUCAAAGACUUUCCUGAAUUGCCUUAUAUGGGUCGAAAUGAGCAAAACAUUCAUCAUGAGACGCGUACAGCGCCGCAUAUGCGCCUGACAGAGUUGACUUUAAGUCAGUUUAUUCUUGUGUACGGAAUUACAGUCUAUUAAAAGAAGGAAACGUGCCAGUAAAUCCACCCAACUCAAACUCAAAUAUGCUGUUGUCGGCCUACAGCUAUUUUGAUUAACGUUGCAGUAGGAAAGUCUUUGCGAUGAGAUCGCAAAUCAGUAUGGGUAAUUCCAUAUAAAAUAACCAAAUUCUGAAGAAGGUAAAAGUUUGUGACGUUUCAUACAGACCAUUCUGUGGCACUGUCAGCCGCGAAGGUAUGACCAAAUUGCGAAGACUUUACAUACAGCUACCCACAUGACCUUGCAGUCUUGUGGAGUACGCAUGAGACCUUGAAGUCCGACAAGGUUAACUGAAAUAGAUCAUGACGUGGUGUGGCCCGCGUCUCAACCAACGAUUGUCUUCAACAGGUGGUUCUUGCGAUGACCAGAUCUCAAGACAAACCAAAAGGGGAAUGUAUUCUGACCACUUAUCUCAGCAACACGAAUCCAUAACCCAGCAGCAUCUUGCAGGUAUCUUUCUCUAACAACGCACUGAAAUUGUGACACUUUAUAAGUCUAUAGUCAGUCUAUGGUUCGCAUUAUGUUAGUACAGCUUUUGAAGAAACCAACAGUAAUACCCCUAAAAUGCUCAAAAUUGUGCGGUAUGGUAAAGUUUUCUGCUUUAAUAAAGCUUCGUUUUAUUUAGAAAAAACCAUAGACGCAAAACAGCUUUGAUUUGCGUUUGUCAUGAAUACAUUCACUCAUCAAACAGAGAGUGAAAACGGAGAGUGAUACUGGAGAGAGUGACUAAUUUUCGAGUGGGGCUCGCGUGCGAUACACGGCGUCCACGGCGCUCUGUGUCUAAGGAGCAGCGUUUAAUUUUCUCAAAGAAAAAUACUGUUUGGCAGUCUAGGAAAAAAAUGAGCCUACCACAAGCCAUUUUAACAUAGAAAAUAGACCUUCCCACGUAUUUUAACAGUUUUGAUUUGGACCAUUUGGCUGGAAAGAAGACCUUAAAAUCACUUGCUGAGUUAAAGAGUGAUUUGGUUAAAACUAACCAACAUGUAGCUCCAAAAAGACGCGAAGUUUUACAGACGUUUGUAUGGAAGAAAGCAAGUUCAUGCCCCCCACCAUACAAAAGUCUGUAUAAGAUUUCGGGACUUUGUCACGGUUGAAGAAUAUCUUCGCUCGCUCUGAACAUAUCGCCUUUAAACAAGGUAAGUUUUAAGGCGCUCUCCAGUAGUGUAGUGUCGAUGGAUAAUUGCUUACUUAAGAGGCUGUCUCAGUAAAAACCGCCCACUCAAUUUCGCGUGAAAAAUAAUUUUGCCUGAAACUCUGGCGAGUGAAAGGCUUUAUCGAGACUAUAACUAAAAUAGGGUUGCUUUGAUUCACAAUAAUUUUCUGGCCGCGCUGGGGGGCGCCGAGUAUUUUGUCCCGCCACGGCCAUUUUGCACGUCUUGAAAACUGAAAAUUUGGCAUUUUUUGCGGCGCUGUAAAAUGUUUGAUUUGCACCAUCUAUCAAUGAGUUUUAUACCUAUUUAUAGGUAAACAUCUCUAGUUUUUCCUGAAAGUAAUAGUUCUCUGCUAAAUUUAGCUGGAAAGACGAAAUCAAGCAAAAUAUGACCCCAACUAAUUGCCUUGGAGCGAAAGGCCAAAAAUUAAACUGUUUUAAAAGCUUAUUUCUAACUUUUGGGACAUAGUUGAAAGCUCUAGACUAAAUAGACGCAAAGAUAGACCAUCUGUUAUUAAUAAUAUACAAAACCCCAUGUACGAUUUCAGUAUUUUAAAAGUUAUGACCGUUUGUAUCAACGCGUAUGCGAGCUAAUACGAUAUUUUCAGAUUUAGCGUAACGGAUCUACCUCAAGCAGAUUUCGUCAAAAGUACGGCUUACCUAAUUCAUUACUGGCACUGACUCACAAAUUGAGCCAUAUUCCAAUCCCGGAGAUGCCGGACUCCAUAAAAUUCCAGUAAAUGUGCUUUAGAAACUGCUGGUAUGCGGCCAUUUUUUAAUCCCAUGCUAACCAUCCGACGCUCAAAACAGGUGAAACUGUGUCACGUUUCGAGCUAAAUAGCUCGGUGAAACAACCAUUUAGAGGUGAAAGUUUGCUCGAGAAUCAGAAAAUCAACUAGGCAAGUCUCAUUUUGGAUCAGAAAAUUGAGAUUUCAGAGCUACAACCUCGAAUAAACCUUCUAUUCAACCGGCUCUGCAAGGUCAAAUGCAGGUUGACACGUAAACCGGAAAUGUUGAAACCCGGAAAUAGGGAAAACCGGAAAUGCGGAAAUCCGGAUCAUCCGGAAAUCGGCAAAUCUGAAAUCAAUCAGGAGCCGAAGGUAAUUCCAACAAUUAGAGACAGCUGCAUUCGUUUAGGGCGUCUUUUCGAUGUUGAGGCAGGUAAAAGAUAAAACCUUCCAAACCGGCGUAGCUGUUUGAUUUUCACUGAACUGAAACGCGGUUCCACGAUCGAUUGCGUUUGGCAAAUAGGCUCCAUAAGAAACAGUAAAUAUCAUUAACCGGUUAUAAACAUUCUAUGUGCGCUAACUUAUCACACCUGUGACUAAUACUUUACAGAAGUUGGCUAUAUAUCGAAACUGAAUGUGUCGAGAUCUAGGAAACCGAGCCAGCUUGGUUGUCUGGGCUUAUUAGUAUAGAGGGUCCUUGAAAGUCGCUUGUUAAGGAGGCAUUCUGGUUGUUUUUUUCGGGGAAAAUGAUGGUGAUUUGCGAAAGAAAUAAAUAAGAGUAGAAAAGGUAUGCACAUAAAGCAGUUAGUCCGCUAAUGGGAUCAGAGGCACUCCUUGCUGGAGUCUCUGGUAUUAAUUUUUCUUCAGAUUAUUCAUAUUGUAUUUCUAACAACCCCCUAAUCCAAUAUUUUCCAACUUUUCCAACAUUUUUAACAUCCUACCUAAUUUUUAUCCAUUAAAGACCUUCGAAGAAUCAUCCAGAAAUUCUCCAAAAAUUAUUGAACCAAUGCCUCAAUCUUAACUGAGUCAUUUUUUGAUUCACGGAUAACGUGAGGAGAGUAGAGGAAAGUCAUUUGGAUUAUAGUGUAUGGUUGCAAGAAACUCCCAUUUAAUCUAGAGUAGCUUUAAGAAAGGAUUUAAGUCUGUAUGCAUGUUAAGUCCUUAAGACCAAUAUUAACACCGAAUGGUAACACUAGUGGCAAGUCCUAGGCGCGACCCUUGUUGUAGACCAAAAAUCCGACGCAAUAUGGCCAAGAAGGGGCUAAGACACUUUGUUUUAAGACUAGCUACAAAACACCGUUAAAUGGUCGAAAAAAUAAUCCUACAUUUUUCGAAAAAUUUGGGUUUUCAGACCCCAAACGAAAUCUGCUUAGCUGAUGUUUUCAUUCUCGGACAAGUCUCACCUCCGGACAUUUGUUUUAUUUUCUUUCUUACCCAGUUAUUUAUCUCGAAACGUGACAUACCGUAAAAUUCCGAAAAUAAGCCCCGGUUCUUAUAUCUUUCAAAGGCCCUUUUUGAGGGGCUUAUUUUUGCACGGGCUUAUAUUCGUAGGAGCUUAUGUACGGAGGGAAGUUUGCGUUUCAAAAUCGAUUGGGCUUGGAAGGAAAUUAACCGUUUUUGGUUUGUUUUACUUUGUAUUUGAGGGCAAUUUUUCUAAGCACAAGAUCCCGGGGGGCUUAUAUUGGAGGGGCGAUUUCACGGAGGGUUUUUUGUGUUACGAGUUUGGGGGAGCUUAUACAUGGAGGGGCUUAUUUCGGAAUUUUACGGUAGUUUCAGCAUGGGAUUCAAAUAUGGCCGCAUAGCAGCUGUUGCAAAAGCGCACUGACUAGAAUUUUGAAUGAAAUAUUGGUCUAUUUUUUAGUCAGUGCCAGUAAUGAAUUACGUAAAGUUUGGGAGGAGACGGAGGAGGAAAAUCUAGUUCCUGUUGUAAAAAUAGUCAAAGGGACUGGAGAAGAUUCAGGACGAGGAUCAGUAAAAUCUGAAGAAGGCUUUCUCCCAUUCACUCAAGCCUUCCCCUCCCUGAUCGGUUUCUUAUAAACUUACUCACCGGCCGGGACUAUUUAUCCGCUCAUAACAAGUGAUUUUCAAGGACCCUCUAAUAAGCCCAGACAACCAAGCUGGCUCGGUUUCCUAGAUCUCGACACAUUCAGUUUCGAUAUAUAGCCAACUUCUGUUAAGUAUUAGCCACAAGUGUGAUAUGUUAGCCCAAAAAGAAUACUUGUAAACGGUUAAUGAUAUUUACUGUUUCUGGGAACUGCGUUUCAGUUCAGUGAAAAUCAAACAGCUACGCCGGUUUGGAAGGUUUUAUCUUUUACGUGUCUCAACGUCGAAAAGAAGCCCUAAACGAAUGCAGUUGUCUCUAAUUGUUGGAAUUGCCUUCGGCUUCUAAUUGAUUUCAUAUUUGCCGAUUUCCGGAUGAUCCGGAUUUCCGCAUUUCCGGUUUUCCCUAUUUCCGGGUUUCAACAUUUCCGGUUUACGAGUCAACCUGCAUUUGACCUUGCAGAGCCGGUUGAAUAGAAGGUUUAUUCGAGGUUGUAGCUCUGAAAUCUCAAUUUUCUGAUCCAAAAUGAGACCUGCCUAGUUGAUUUUCUGAUUCUCGAGCAAACUUUCACCUCUGAACGGUUGUUUUACCGAGCUAUUUAGCUCGAAACGUGACACAGUUUCCCCUGUUUUGAGCGUCGGAUUGUUAGCAUGGGAUUCAACAAUGGCCUCAUACCAGCAGUUUCUAAAGCACAUUUACUGGAAUUUUAUGGAGUCCGGCAUCUCAGGGAUUGGAAUAUGGCUCAAUUUGUGAGUCAGUGCCAGUAAUGAAUUAGGUAAGCCGUACUUUUGACGAAAUCUGCUUAUGGUAGAUCCGUUACGCUAAAUCUGAAAAUAUCGUAUUAGCUCGCAUACGCGUUGAUACAAACGGUCAUAACUUUUAAAAUACUGAAAUCGUACAUGGGGUUUUGUAUAUUAUUAAUAACAGAUGGUCUAUCUUUGCGUCUAUUUAGUCUAGAGCUUUCAACUAUGUCCCAAAAGUCAGAAAUAAGCUUUUAAAACAGGGUAAUUUUUGGCAUUUCGCUCCAAGGCAAUUAGUUGGGGUCAUAUUUUGCUUGAUUUCGUCUUUCCAGCUAAAUUUAGCAGAGAACUAAUACUUUCAGGAAAAACUAGAGAUGUUUACCUAUAAAUAGGUAUAAAACUCAUUGAUAGAUGGUGCAAAUCAAACAAUUUACAGCGCCGCAAAAAAAUGCCAAAUUUUCAGUUUUCAAGACGUGCAAAAUGGCCGUGGCGGGACAAAAUACUCGGCGCCCCCCAGCGCGGCCAGAAAAUUAUUGUGAAUCAAAGCAAACCUAUUUUAGUUAUAGUCUCGAUAAAGCCUUUCACUCGCCAGAGUUUCAGGCAAAAUUAUUUUUCACGCGAAAUUGAGUGGGCGGUUUUUACUGAGACAGCCUCUUAAAAUCUUGGAAGGGUCUAUUAAGUGCAAAUUACAUAAACGACGUAAAGACAAACCUGUGUUGGGUUUUGUAAAUAUUUCUUCACAUAAUUCAUGCUUCUUCUUAAUUAGGAUUGAGAAUCAUUAUAGUUAUCCCAAAAAGGUCGUCUAUAUCGAUCUUCAACUCGUUCGUUUUGCAACGUUACAAAAGCAUAAAAGCGUAUCGUAGACGAUAUACAGAGCGUGAACGGCUUGUAUGACAGUAUAAUAAAACCAAAUCGAUCUUAUUUUUUGGAUCUUGUAUUUCUCAGGGGUGCCAGCUAUCAUAGAAAGGAUUCGUCAGCUUUACAAACGUCGUGAAGGACGGCUGGUACCAUUUCCAUGGUGUGAUGACCUUAAUUUCAACUUGAAUGAGAUUUUUACCCGACUGAAGAUCGUGAACAAAGAAAAAACGCGGGGAACAUUGACGGAUGAUGAAAUCACCAACAUGACUGCUAUCUUUAGACCCCACCCUGGUUGCCCGAAACCACGGAUUCUUUUGAUCGAAGGAGAACCUGGCAUGGGAAAAACCACCUACUCACAAAAACUGGCGUAUGACUGGGCAAAUAAACAAGAUGAAUGGGACACGUCUUUUCCAUCAAUUGAAGUGCUGCUCUUGCUUAGAUGCAACGAUGUUAAAUCUGGCAUCUGGGAAGCUAUUGACGACCAACUUCUUCCUGAUGAUAUUGACGAACAGGCUAAGGAGAAUUUUUUCAAAUACAUCCGAGAAAAUCAGGCCAAAUGUUUGCUACUGCUUGAUGGAUUAGAUGAGGCAGAUUCCUUUAAACUGGACAUGUACUACUCGCUCGUUCAGAGCAAACUCCUCCCAGCUUGUCACAUUGUCAUUACAUCUCGCCAUGAGGUUGGAAAGAAAGUAAGGCCAUACUGUGACGCCCUGUGGGAGAUUGUAGGAUUUACUAAAGAGGAUGCGAAAAGUUUUAUCAGGAAGUAUUUUAAAGGCAAGGAACACUUGGCUGAGAAGCUGAUUGAACGAUGGAAACUUCUAGAGUAUUAUGAUCAUCCACUUAAAACGCUAGGCGAGUUAACAAAAAAUCCACUCAAUACAGCUUUACUCUGUUGUCUUUUCGAGGAUUUCGAAGGUGUUCUUCCAACAAGCAGGACUGAGUUGUACGUUGAAAUAGUUGCCUUUGUUUUGAGAAGAUACGAAGUAAAAAACGGACUUAAAAGCAGCGAUGAGGACUUGAUUUCAGGUUAUAAGAAAGAACUUUUGCUUUUGGGCAGGUUCGCGUUAGAAUCCCUGCUUAAAGGAGAGUUGUUCUUUGAAAAGAAGGAAGAUACCGUCAAGGGUAUCAAUUUUGGAUUCUUGUCUUUUCAACAAGGUGCCGCCAAGCGCAAACCUUCCGCGCGCUGUGCAUUUUUACACAAAAGCUUUCAGGAGUUUUUUGCUGGCCUUUUCCUUGCGUUUCAGGUUAUCAGCAAAGAAAGAGACUUAACCUCAGUUGUAGAUGAUAAGAGAUACUUAGAUAAACUGAGACAGGUCUUUUUGUUCAUGAGUGGCAUCAUAGCCUCACGGAGUGAGGAAACUGCAAUGUCGUUCUUUACUGUUAUUGCUAAAAAAAUCAGCUCUGCCGAAGACCGUAAAUCAUAUAUGAGUUUAGCUUGUGAGUGUUUGUUGGAAUGUUCAAGUGUCCAGGACAGCCUUGAAACUCGCUUAGUUUCUAGUUUAGGUAAGCACCUUGACAUGUCGUCCCUGACUGAAGUGAAUUUUGGCUACACAGGCACACACGAUGCUGGUGCUGCUGCGAUUUCCAUGGCCCUGACAGUAAACUCCUCCCUGACUAGUUUGGAUUUAGAUGGUAACCGUAUUGGCGACACCGGUGCUUCUUCUCUUUCUCAAGCCCUAACAACAAACACCUCCCUUACUAGCUUGUAUUUAAGUAGUAACAGUUUUGGCGAGGCCGGUGCUUCUUCUCUUUCUCAAGCCCUAACAACAAACACCUCCCUUACUAGCUUGUAUUUAAGUAGUAACAGUAUUGGCGAGGCCGGUGCUUCUUCUCUUUCUCAAGCCCUAACAACAAACACCUCCCUUACUAGCUUGUAUUUAGGUGGUAACAGUAUUGGCGACGCCGGUGCUUCUUCUCUUUCUCAAGCCCUAACAACAAACACCUCUCUUACUAGCUUGUAUUUGGAUUAUAACUGUAUUGGCGAGGCCGGUGCUUCUUCUCUUUCUCAAGCCCUAACAACAAACACCUCCCUUACUAGCUUGUAUUUAAGUGGUAACAGUAUUGGCGACGCCGGUGCUUCUUCUCUUUCUCAAGCCCUCACAACAAACACCUCCCUUACUAGCUUGUAUUUAAGUGGUAACAGUAUUGGCGACGCCGGUGCUUCUUCUCUUUCUCAAGCCCUAACAACAAACACCUCCCUUACUAGCUUGUAUUUAGGUGAUAACAGUAUUGGCGACGCCGGUGCUUCUUCUCUUUCUCAAGCCCUCACAACAAACACCUCCCUUACUAGCUUGUAUUUAAGUGGUAACAGUAUUGGCGAGGCCGGUGCUUCUUCUCUUUCUCAAGCCCUAACAACAAACACCUCCCUUACUAGCUUGUAUUUGCAUUAUAACAGUAUUGGCGAGGCCGGUGCUUCUUCUCUUUCUCAAGCCCUAACAACAAACACCUCCCUUACUAGCUUGUAUUUGGAUUAUAACAGUAUUGGCGAGGCCGGUGCUUUUUCUCUUUCGCAAGCCCUAACAACAAACACCUCCCUUACUAUCUUGUAUUUGUAAUGGUAACAGGACUGAGUGGAGUCCAAUUCGGUCUGUAAUCAUACGAGUGAUUAACAAAAUCGGACGACCGCGUAGCGGGAGUCCGAUUUGUUUAAUCACGAGUAUGAUUACAGACCGAAUUGGACGACACGAAGUUCUGUUACCAAUUAAUCAUAACUUUAACAAAAUUUGUGAAAUAUAGGGCUCUUUUUAAAUCAAAACACAAGAAAUUCCAAGAUUUUUUCGCUAGCAAUGAAAAAAAAAAGCCAUUUAAGCGCGCGCGUGAUGGCGCGUACUGUCCAAUUACUUAGGCAUGACGCGUACUGUCCUAUUAAACUGUCCUAUUAAGGCUGAAAUCAGGGCAGUUGAGAACCAAUCAGAUUUGAGAAUUUUGUUAUAGUUAUGAUUAAAGUAGUAACAGUAUUGGCGACGCCGGUGCUUCUUCUCUUUCUCAAGCCCUAACAACAAACACCUCCCUUACUAGCUUGUAUUUAAGUAGUAACAGUAUUGGCGACGCCGGUGCUUCUUCUCUUUCUCAAGCCCUCACAACAAACACCUCCCUUACUAGCUUGCAUUUACGUUAUAACCGUAUUGGCUACGCCGGUGCUUCUUCUCUUUCUCAAGCCCUCACAGCAAACUCCUCCCUCAAGAAUCUCUCCUUUUGA